CAAAGGAGCAACAGCAGCCAAGGCUCUCCUACAAUACAGCUGCAAUUUUAACAUAUAAUCAGCCAUGAGGGUAUUCAUGAUUGUGGCACUCGCCACAGUGGCGGUGGCAAGGCCAGAGGCUGGAUACUCUUAUCAGCAGCCGAGCGGUAGCUACGGUGCACCAGGAGGCGGUAGUCUCGGGGGAGGUUCUCUCGGAGGACUCGGUGGUGGUCACGGUGGACUCGGCGGUGGAUCCCUCGGCUCCCUCGGUGGUGGAUCUUUCCAAGGAUUGGGAAGUAGCAACGUAGGAUCAAUUUCAGGAUUCGGUGGUGGAUCUAGCGGUGGAUUCGGUGGUGGAUCCGGCGGCGGAUUUGGUGGCGGAUCCGGCGGCGGAUUCGGUGGCGGAUCCAGCGGCGGAUUCGGUGGUGGAUUCGGUGGUGGAUCCGGCAGCGGAUUCGGCGGUGGAUUUGGCGGAGGAUCGGGUGGUGCCCUAAUCCAGAAACACAUCUAUGUUCAUGUGCCACCACCAGAGGCACCUGAGGAGAGACCAAUCAGACCAAUUGGCCCAGUUGGACAGCCACAGAAACACUACAAGAUUAUCUUCAUCAAGGCGCCAACUGCACCAACCCCAACUGCCCCAGUUAUCCCAGCCUUCCCACAGCAAGACGAGCAGAAGACGCUUAUCUAUGUUCUUGUUAAGAAGCCAGAGGAAGCGCCUGAGAUCAGUCUCCCAACAAUUGCCCCAACUCAGCCAUCCAAACCAGAGGUUUACUUCAUCAAGUACAAGACUCAGAAGGAAGGUGGUGGUGCCAUUGGUGGUGGUUCCCUCGGCGGCGGCGGCUCCCUUGGUGGUGGCUCCCUCGGCGGUGGCUCCCUCGGUGGCGGCUCCCUCGGCGGUGGCUCCCUCGGUGGUGGUUCCCUCGGUGGACUUGGCAGUGGCUCAUCAGGCUCCGGUAUAAUCGCCGACGGUGGACACGGUAGCACCGGGCCCAGUGGACCAUCAGGACCCAGCUCUAACUACGGACCUCCCGGACAAUCCGGCCCCUACUAGUCAAUUUAAUCCACGACAACACAAUUACCCAAACAAAUGCAGACAACGAUGACAAUGACAAUCCGAGAUCAAUCUCCAAUUAUCGUUGUUCAUCAUUCUCCUCCAAUUCUUGUCGUCCUCAAUGUCUCUCUGCGUGAUUACGAGUAGAAUUUAUCAUCAAUUAGUCUAAUUGAAACGUUCGACGCACGUGCACUGCGCGUAUUUUUUCGUGUGAAAAGAUGGCGCGCGUUGUUUCCACGUCCGACAAACAACAUCGCGAAUUAAUGGUAACACACUGUCGAUCAUAAUCAUUGAAUGCCCAGAUGUACGAUCGACCCUGUGAUACUGUCCUCAUACCAUUGCUCUUCAUCCCUCCUCAUCGAAUUUAUUAUAAUUAUCAUCGUACGACUGUAAUAUACCUGAAGAUCCUCAAGAUGAUGAUUUGUUUUGUAUUGUAAUUGAAUGAAAGUAUGAAAAUAACGACGAAUACGACUAUGGCGAAGAAAAGUCGAAGGAUAGUGAAAGAAUGAAAAGAAAAAAAAAUGUUUAUACGAUUAUUUUUUGCAAGAAAAACGGUGGCGAA